GGACAGACAGCGGAACGCGCACCGCGCAUCGCGCAUCGCAACAAGUGUUAAAGAGCGGACGCACGAACCCAGGGUUUGUAGUGCGGGAUAUUCUGACAGGAAAGCUCUCUCUCUCACCAGAUAUUUCUAUAGCUUCUGACCAGCUGCCUGCAUGCAGGGUAUGACGACUCAUUUUAAACCAAACAAAGCUGUAAAGGUGAAGAAGGAGACGGGUGAGAAUGCCCCAGCGCUGAGUGACGAUGAGCUUGUGGCCAUGUCUGUGCGGGAGCUGAACCAGCACCUACGUGGCCUCACCAAGGAGGACGUGGUGCGGCUAAAGCAGCGGCGGCGCACGCUAAAGAACCGCGGAUACGCCGCCAGCUGCCGCAUCAAACGCGUCUCUCAGAAAGAAGAGCUUGAGCGCCAGAAGCAGCUGUUGCAGCAAGAGGUGGAUAAGCUGGCACGUGAGAACGCCAGCAUGCGUCUGGAGCUGGAUGCUUUGAGGGCCAAGUACGAGGCUUUACAAUGCUUCGCCCGCACGGUGGCACGCGGGCCACUCUCACCGUCCAAGGUAGCUGCCACCAGUGUUAUCACCAUUGUGAAAUCGGCCAAUCACGGCCCAGCGUCUUCGCCGUGUUCCGCCCCAUCAUAGAAGGGGGAAGGGCGGGUACGCUCAGUGAUCGGACUAAAGGAUGUGGGGAGGAUGACUGCGAUUUUUACCUUGCUCUUUCUUUACCUACCACCCCACCCUUCUUCCCCCACACACCGUCUACAUUGUCUGUGCACUGUGCUCUAAAGCUCCAGCACCGGCAGGCCCUCUCUAGGCCCAGACUAAGACUAAGCGAAGGUGAGAUUUGCUGACAUGGGAAGUACUUGAUUGAACCUGCCAUGGCAGCCUGUGAUAGCGCUGAUGCCUGUGGUAUCUUGUGUUUUACAUCAGAGUGAACGUUUAUUAUCAGUGUAGAAUACCAGCUGUACCAUGUUCUCAUUAUUACAGUUUGUUGUUUGGAGUUGAACUGCCUGGCCAAAAAAAGUUGCACACUGAUAUUUUUCUGGACCACCGCUAGCUUCGAUCACGCCACACAUUCGCCACAGCAUCGUUCCAACGACCUUUUACAACGUCACAUCUGUUUCCAUCUAGAGUUGCAUUCAUUAUUGUAAUGAGAUCUUGUAUUGAUGGCGGUAGAAUUGAACCAAUCUAUCGUCCUGGAAUCUGCCAGGGAGGAAAGAAAUCCAUUGAUGGAUUGUAGGACAGUCAGGUAGUCAGCUGACUUCAUUUGAUUGCCAUAAAUCAUUGCUGAGCCUUGACCUGAGCAAAGGAAGCACUGCCUUCGGGUAUAUCAGGGCAGUUGUAGCCUAGUGGUUAAGGUACUGGACUAGUAAAUGAAAGGUCGCUGGUUCAAGCCUCACCACUGCAAGGUUGCCACUGUUUGGCCCUUAACCCUCAAUUUCUUAGACAGUAUACUGUCACAGUACUAUAAGUCGUCUGCUAAAAUGUAUAUAGCUCUAAAAUAUGGAAAAAAACCUUGACUUAUCAAACCACAUGAUUUUUUUUGCAUUGCUCCAGAGUCCAAUCUUUAAGCUCCCUAGCAAGUUGAAGCCUUUUCUCCAAAUAGCCUCACUAACAAGUGGUUUUCCUAUGACCACACAGUUAUUGUCACAUUGUGCAUGUGAAAUUGAUAUUUAAUUCACUAUCAAACAGAGCUGGGAGUUCUACUGUCCAUUAUUUAACGAUUCAACAUCAAGAGUUUAAGUGAUCUCUAAUCCUGCUCAAUCAAGAUUUGUUCCCGACCACAUUUCUCCCGCAAAGUUGACGCCUUAGCACAGGUUUUUCCCACUUCUUUUCCCAAUUCCGGUUAUUUUCUGAGCUUGGUGUGAGCCAAUAGUUUGACCCUCCUAAAACACAUUAACAUCUUGAUGAGAAGCUGAGAUGCAAAUUAUAAGCUACUCACGGCAUCAGUCUGUUGCUGAAACAUUCAUUACUGCAGUAAUUAUCCAGCUAUCCAAAGGCUCUUAAUUAUUCACUUAUAAUUUUUUGGCCAGGCAGUGUGUAAUCUUCUUUAAAGGUCCUGCACAGUAUUUUUAUUCAUACUCAAUCUUCACCCUGUAGCAAGUCAGCUGAUCCCUAUCAAGGUGUUAAAGAACUAACAGCGCUUACCAUCAGCCUAUUAUUUAUUUAUUUUAUUAAGAUUUGCUCAGUGUUCUAGUAUGCUGGAAAUGUUCCUAAAUUGGCUGAUAACCACACAACUCAGCAAAUAUGAACUGCUUGUGAUUGUUUCAUGUGACAAUCAAAUGCAGGCUUUCAGGUGAGUGCACGCCAUGAUGGUCUGGUUGGGUAAUUUUAGAAAUCCCAGCUGCUAUUCUGAUCCCACUUCCUAUAUUUUAGAUAUAGUGUUCUGAAGAAAAACAUUACUUCAGUUAACAGUGGAGCAAAGCAGUCCUGCUAUUGGUCGACCAAAUGUACACGUGAUAAAAAUUUUGGUCUGAGAUUUAGUAAUAUGAACUAACAAUUGCUGGAAAUUAUGGCAUCCCAAUGAAUAACCCAGCUGAUGAAAACCUGUCAUGUCUUAAUCCACACCUUGCAGAGGAACAAUGGUGAUGGAGUAGGUGCCACAUAGUAGGUGCCAUGGGGCAUGCAGACCUGGUUUCAAAUCUUGCCUUCAGUUACCAUGUGCCAGAAGUCUGAGAUGCUUUCUCUACAUCUGCCUGGGCUUCCUCAAGGUUCUCCUGUAUCCCAAAUACAGGCAGCAUGUGGAUUGGAAGCUGUAAACUGCCCCUAUGAGUGAGUUAGUAAUUAGUGCCAGACCCACCAGGACCAUGACCAGAAUGCAAGACUCUGACUGGCUGAGAUGUAAGUAAUCCCAUGUAUUAUCGAUCAAGCUGCCUUGGGUGAGCAAUGUGCUUGAGAUGGGCUAUAUUGCUCUAUGAGAUCAAUAACAUAUGCAGGGCUUAGUGAAUACAAAUGGUCUGUGCAGGAUCUUUAGACCAAAGUUAUAUAUACGUAUAUAAGUACAGAAAUUAUAUGCUUAUUAAUCAGUUUCAUGUAAAGACUGAAAGACGGAGGGCGAUUAAGCCAUGUGAUUAGUUUUACAAUAGUGUUCAUCACCAUCAUCACACCUUGGACUGUUGACAACUGAGACAUAGAGGAAACAAAUGAAGCAAGUUGGAGUCGUUUCUACUCAGCAACUUAAGCAGGAUAUUUUAAUAGCACUUAUUUUACUGUUUGCUCACAGUCUAAAACUAGGAAAAGCACUAGAAAAAGUUUAAAAGUAGAAAAGUUUAACAAGAAAGUCAUAGGAAUUUUGAGACACAGCACUUCAUACAUCAACUAGCAUCGUAACGAGUCAGUUCUAGGAAUAACCCUUCUUUAACUGUUAUAUGUCUAACAUUUGCUAGGGUACAUAUUGUAUUAUGUAGAGAAACUAACGCACUUGCUCUGUCACAUUUUCCUCAUCAGUGCCAUAAUGAAUGGUGGGUAAUCCAUAUUGGAUGUAAAAGAUGUGAACAGUCCUGGUAAACGUAACACAAGUCCGAUAUGACCUGUAUAUUACAGUACGUCGUAGCCUUAUAAACGAAAUAUCUCUAAGCUUCAAUUUGUCGCUGACAAUUCCGUCCAUUUGCAAAGCAUUCCUUCUGCUAGGUUACACAAGGUGGCGCCGCCGGUGUUGGUUUGCCUUAUUAAACGUUUAUGAAUUGCUAAUACUUUCAAUUUUCGAGACAGGCUCUUGGGUAAGGACUCAAAGUGCCGUGACUAUGUAUAUAAAAGACUCGUUUCUGAGAGAAAUGACCAGUUCUAUGUGAUCAGGAUUGUCUCUUACCCAAGGAGCUAUGACUGUUCCUUCUUCCCUGGCAUUGCAGGUAGGGAAAAACUGUGCUGCUGUGUGGGCCGCUGCUAGCUGUUUAGCGGCCUACUGCUGUGCUCUUAGCAUGAUGUCAUUUUAUAUCUCCUUUUUAUGUUCACACGCUAUUUACUUUGGGUUCCUGCUGUUUUCAUUCGUUUCUGUAUUUUAAACACCCAAGGGCAUAUAUUGGGAGUACUCCGACCAUGUGAUCACUUUGUUUGCUUUACGCAAUUCAUUUCUUGACAUUUUACAGCAGCCGUUCUAAUGUUUAAGUUAACUGGGCAGUGUUUAUGGUGAUGCUUUAGUUAAUUUGUCUCAAUACGGACUGUAAGGCAUCAUUUCAGUGUUCACAGGUCGUAACUCAGCAUUUCAAACUGUCAUCGACCAUCAAUGUUAAGUGUCACGUGUGGACAUUUUCUUUACCCCACAUUUCCUCUAUACUUGGAUCACAAAGGCACAAAAAAAACCCCUCAGAAAAUCCCCAGUCCCAUGCCCACUAUUCAGUUCCUGUUCUAUAGAAGUCAUUCAUUCUCCUACUAUCAGUUCUCCUUUGCUAAUUCUGGUUUUAUUUUCCCUCCUAUCUGAUUUAAUUCGAGAUCUGAGAAUACGGUUCUUUAUGUGCCUUGUACUGACAUCUAGUGGUCAGAGUGUAAAGUGCUGUAAGCACAUUUUUCACAUCCCUUCACGGAUGAACAAGGUAUUUUGGUCUAUGGACUCAAAACCCUCACAACAAACAAAAAAAAUUGAUUCAAAUUGCCUUAAAUGUAGUUUAUUUUUUAUUAAAAUGAACAUAUUUUAGUGAUAUGAAAUAACUACAGCACAUUAUUAAACUGGCAUGUCAGAAAUGAACACAACAGCAACAUGGGUCCAGGUUUUGAUCCUCAACUAUGAGGUCUGUGAGGGGUUUGUGGGUUUUCCUCUGGGUACCCGGUUUUCCUUCCACUUCCCAAAAUCAUUUAGGCAGCUUGCCUACUUCGAAUUGCUCCUAUAGUUGUAAGUAAGUGAAUGUGUUUUUGCCCUGUGAUGUAUGGGCAUCUUGUUCUGACCAGUGUUAUCAAUAUGUGAUUGAUAAUUGUGCCUAGCAGACUAAAAAUACUGCUAAACAAUGCUGAACCUACUGUGAAAACAACAUUAUUUGCUAUUUUACUCAUAAGCAGCCCAACAAAAAUGCUAGGAAGUUAGCAGACCCAACCCUACCCAUAUCUUCACACCACAUCUUCCAACUGUAAUUCAUUUUAAAUGGCCAAUAUCACAGUUGGAUGAAAGAUGAAUGCGACUCUCACGCUGGCCAGUUUGAAUAAACGCUAUUUCACCCGCAGUACCACUUCUCUUAUCUCGCAGCACAGUGAGCAUUGUAACUCGAUGAACUGGGUACUUUUCAGUCUUUAUAUUCUGCGUAUGCUGUAUGUGGCCUUUUCGGCUGAACUUAAAUGAUUCUAUAUUUUCCAUAAGACUAUAUUUUUGAAAGUAUAUGUUAUAUACACACAGUCAGUCCUUAAAGCUAUUUACUAUGAAUGAACAGAAGCAUUUUAUCAAUUGCUAAUUAAAUUAAAUGCUUGCCUAUAAACACGGAGGAACUCCAUGUUGUACGUCAUGCUGCUCCAAACGAUCACUUUAACGGUUGGCUUAAGGGCUGGGAAAGGAAAAAAGGAAAUAGAGAGAAUAAGAAGUUAUUUGUAUAAAAGAGUAUACGGAGGUUAAGUUUGGUUUUGUUUAGAUACAGUAGGAAAGGCUGACAGUGUUCAGCCACCAACAAGUUUAGGAAAGUGUACGAGGUGUCAGUGUUCAGUAGUGAUUGUAAAUACAGAACAGAAAAGCAGCAAACCUAGAAUAGAUUAAUCCUACUAUCAUGAUUUACCAUUACAGUAAUCUGAUUAUGUCUAUUACACUUGAACGUUUAAACUUUGAUAUUUAUUUUGUGGGUUUUUUUUAACCUCUAAAUUAUUUUAUUUACAUUCAUAUGUACUUUCUUGCAAUGAACUACCCUCAUGUACAAAUAAACCAAUUCUCAUAUUUCCCACUCUGGCUAGAUAUAAAGAGGUAAAUUAUUCCUGUACAUAGAAUGCAGUGACUAUUUUGUACUUUUAAAUAAAGCUUUCUCAUUUAUUACCAGACUAAACUGUGGUUCAUGUUUGUUUACUUACUUUAUUAUUUACUGUAAGUGCAAAACUCUUUAUAUGAGCAGCUCCGAUAUAGUGCACAAUAUCAGCACAAAUACAUGCAUGUUCCCAGGUAGCAAGGUGGCCUCACAGCAAGAAGCUGCUGGGUUUGAUUCCCAUGUUCUCUCCGUGUCUGUGUGGGUUUCCUCCCACAGUCCAAAGACGUGCAAGUGAGGUGAAUCAGAGAUACAAAAUUGUCCAUGACUGUGUUUGACAAUAAAGAGUUGAACU